ACAUGUGACGUAGUGUGUUUACAUCACGUUACUGAUAAAUGUGUAAUUACUUUACAAUAUGUGUAAUUUUUACAAAUAAUUUAAAUCUUUUAUGAAUGUGUGGUAAAAAUGGGUUGUGCUUGUUCAAGAACGAAAAUUGCCGUGGGUGGAAAGACGUACACUGUCCAAGAACAUUUGGCAGACGGCCACACGGAGUGGCCGCGUGGUUUGAGGCGCCAUGUCACGGAUUGCGCGGCCUCUCCCACCGGAUGUUCAAGUCCUCCCUCGGGCAUGGUGGGUUUAGUUCAAUUUAUCUUGUCCAAGACAGUAAAUCACACAGAUUGUGUGUUUUGAAGAAAAUUGUCUGCCAUGCAAAAGAAGAUCAAAUGAAAGCUUUGCAGGAGGUUGCAUAUUAUGGACUCAUUAAGCAUCCAAAUGUUAUUGAAUGUUUAGAUUCUGGUGUGUCUGGUGAAGCUGAUGCUUUUUCUAAUUAUACCAGUGAAGUUUACAUUUUACUACCAUAUUAUAAGAGAGGAACUCUGGCAGAUGAACUUUUGCGGCGAAGUAGAAAUUGUGAUCAUCUUCCAGCCAUGGAUGUUCUAACAAUGUUCCUGCAAAUUUGUGAAGGUGUCAAGGCAUUCCAUGAAGCAUUGCCAGAGCCUUUAGCUCAUCGGGACCUGAAGACUGCCAACAUACUUAUUGGAGAAGGCAACAGACCUAUUAUUAUGGAUUUAGGUUCCAUGAGCACAGCCCGAAUUAAAAUAUGUGGAAGUUCAGAAGCCCAGAAACUUCAGGACACUGCCGGGGAAAUGUGCUCCAUGCCGUAUCGGGCACCAGAACUUUUCAAUGUUGAGAGCUAUUGUAUGGUGGAUGAGCGCACAGAUAUAUGGUCCUUGGGAUGUGUGCUGUAUGCCAUGUGCUUUUUCAAAUCACCAUUUGAUGUUGUUUAUGAACGUGGAGAUAGUGUGGCAUUAGCGGUGAUAAGUGGUACAGUGUCAUUUCCAGACGGUUCUCCUUAUGAUCAGGAUCUGCAUGACCUGAUUCUGUACAUGCUGAAAGUGAAUCCCAUGGAACGCCCGUAUAUCUAUAGUGUUAUUGAAAAAACACAUGAUGUCAUUUCAAAACUGCAGUGUGUCGCAUAAGAGCUUGUCCAGUAUGUGCAUGGAAGCACAUAUAAAACUGUAAUGCAUUUACUGUGAUACUUAUUUGUGCAAAAGAUGUACAUAUGAGAAUGUGAUGAUAAAAGCACACUCUUUGAGUGUGUGAGUUGACAUACUACAAGCAACAACUCACUCUGAGUUAUUGUUUUUAUAUUUGGUGUAAUUUGUCCAGAGAGUGAAGACUACUGUUUUAGAUAUUUUAAUAUUAUAGAACUCAAUUUAAGUAUUUCAUAUGAAGUAUAGCUCUUUGUUCAAAUUUUUGUGACAGUGAAGU